AUGGUUACCCAGAACCUUAUAAUUGUUCAGAAACGUAUUUAUAAUUGUUCAGAACUUUAUAAUUGUUCAGAUCUUUAUAAUUGUUCAGAACCUUAUAAUUGUUCAGAACCUUAUAUGUGUUCAGAACCUUGUAAUUGUUCAGAACCUUAUAUGUGUUCAGAACCUUAUAAUUGUUCAGAUCUUUAUAAUUGUUUAGAUCUGUAUAAUUGUUCAGAUCUUUAUAUUUGUUCAGAACCUUAUGAUUGUUCAGAACUUUAUAAUUGUUCAGAACCUUAUAAUUGUACAGAACCUUAUAUUUGUUCAGAACCUUAUAUUUGUUCAGAACCUUAUAAUUGUUCAGAACCUUAUAAUUGUUCAGAACCUUAUAUUUGA